AUGGAUCAAGAACUCAUUAAACUUAGUGAAAAUAUCAAGGCGAUAGGAAAUACUAGCGAAUCUUUAUGCGAAUCUAGUGUCAAUAAAGCACACGUAUACUGCACCUUGGUCAUGCCUUUUUCUGAAUUGGUGGUCCGGAAUGUAAAAGAAUUUUUUGAAAAAUUCGAAUAUUUUGAAGAUUAUGAAUUGGUAGAAAAGGCAAAACAAAAUGAUCAGGUGUGUAAGCAUACGUUGGAAAUUCAUGAAUAUCUUCUCACUGACUUUAAAAACGCCUUAAUUUUAUGGAAUGACCAACAUAAACAUUGUGAGGAGGAAAAGGAAAAGUUUAAACGCAAACAUGACAGAAAAGCUUUCUUGGCUGUUGGUACAGCAGUUAUUCCUUAUGUAAAUUUUGUUGCUGCUCCGACAAUUGGUUGGUUUGCAUAUAAAGAUAAAAAAGCUGCAGCUAAAGCGAAUGAACAAGCAGAACGUGCAGUUUCCGCGGCCACUGAUUUAGGCAAUUAUUUAAUUGCACCCAUUGAAAAGUUUAUCAAUGCCAUGAUUGAGAUUUCGAGAUUCUUUGAGAUCAUUGAUAAUAUUUUUCUUUUUCGUCAUAACUCCGAAGAAAUCAAUAAAGGAGAUGUUGUUAAAUCUUGUUCGUCUGCAGAAAAAAUAUUUUUUAAUUAUAAGAAUCAUCAAAAAAUAUCUGACAACAAUAAUGAACAUGUCCAACAGUUGCUUACACGCCAAUAUGCUAAUAAAAAUGGUUGGUCAUUAUUACACAUUGCUGCUGCUGCAGGCUGUUUAGAAGUUGUUAAAACUUUGCAAAAAGAAA